AAAGAUAAUUAAUUGGCCAAAACUCGAUCUCAAUCUUGUUUAUUUGUGAAGAAAUGUCUAGUCUAGUGCUUGCUCUGAUCAUCGUGGGAUCGGUGGUUUUGUUGAUACUGCUUUUUCUCUACUGGAACUGUAGGUGCCGGUCGGAACCUACAAGUACACCCCGAGAUCGUAAAGUUACAAUGGAUGUUGAUCAGGCUCCGAAAACCUUGAAGAAUGAUUCAUCUCGGUCUCGUCUUGAAGUUAAAACGGAUAGUAGACAACCUUUGAAAGAGAAGAAGAAUGAUCCAUCUCCAUCUCAAAAAGAUAAAGUUAAAACGGAUGGUGGACAGGCUUUGAAAGAGAAGAAGAAGAAUGAUCCAUCUCCAUCUCAAAAAGAUAAAGUUAAAACGGAUGGUGGACAGGCUUUGAAAGAGAAGAAGAAUGAUCCAUCUCCAUCUAAAAAAGAUAAAGUUAAAACGGAUGGCGGACAGGCUUUGGAAGAGAAGAAGAAUGAUCCAUCUCCAUCUCAAAAAGAUAAAGUUAAAGAGGAUGGUGGACAGGCUUUGAAAGAGAAGAAGAAUGAUCCAUCUCCAUCUCAAAAAGAUAAAGUUAAAACGGUUGGUGGACAGCCUUUGAAAGAGAAGAAGAAUGAUCCAUCUCCAUCUAAAAAAGAUAAAGUUAAAACGGAUGGCGGACAGGCUUUGAAGGCGAAGAAGAAUGAUCCAUCUCCAUCUCAAAAAGAUAAAGUUAAAACGGAUGUUGGAUGGGCUUUGAAAGAGAAGAACAAUGAUCCAUCUCCCUCUCAAAAAAAUAAAGAUAAAACGAAUGGUGGUCAGGCUCAGGAUAGUCAGUGGAAUGCUCCUCCUCGUUCUGAUCAUGGUCUCCAAACGGGAUCCAGCUCUUCAGGUCCUGAUAAUUCUUUAACUUGCCCACGUCCUGGCAUUGCCUUUACUUAUGAAGAACUAAAAAAGGCAACAAAUUCGUUCUCUCGUGCUAAUUUUCUUGGAGAGGGUGGUUUUGGCCCUGUGCAUAAGGGAGUGGUUACAAUUGAUAAAAAGGGUGUGCUUCCAUUCCAUGAAGAGAGAGUGCUUCCAUUUGAUAAAGAGAUUGCAGUCAAGCAAUUGAAAUCUGGAGCUCAGCAGGGGCAGAGUGAGUUUGAGGCAGAGGUUAACAUUAUUAGUCAUGUGCAUCACAAACACUUGGUCUCAUUAAUAGGACAUUGCAUUUCUGGAGAGCGGAGACUGCUUGCCUAUGAGUUCGUUUCUAACAAAACAUUGCAGUUCCAUUUGCACGGGGAAGGUCAACCAGCUAUGGAAUGGUCUAUAAGAUUAAAAAUUGCUUUAGGAUCUGCGAAAGGAUUGGCCUAUUUGCACGAGGAUUGCCAUCCUACCACAAUUAUUCACCGUGAUAUUAAGGCGGCCAAUAUUCUUCUUGAUUCCAAAUUUGAAGCGAAGGUUGCAGACUUUGGACUUGCGAAAGUUGUAUAUGAUAACAACACACAUGUUUCAACCAGAGUCAUGGGAACUUACGGAUAUUUGGCACCGGAAUAUUUUUCUACUGGCAAGCUAACAGAUAAAGCAGAUGUCUACUCCUUCGGGGUCAUGCUUCUGGAGUUGAUCACAGGAAGGCGGCCUAUUGCCUUGGUUGAUUGGGCAAGGCCCUCGCUCACACAUGCUUUAGAGGAAGGCAAUUAUGAGCCUCUCGUCGAUCCAAGGUUGGGGAAGAAUUAUAAUCCUAGUGAGAUGAACCGGAUGGUCGCUUGUGCUGCUGCUUGUGUACAUAUUUCUGCAGAAAAUCGACCUCCAAUGAGUCGGGUGGUUCGAGUAUUGGAAGGAGAUGUACCCCCUGAAGAUUUGAAAGUUGGUGUUCCAUCUGGCCGUAGUUGGAACUCCGGGGACGUGGAGAACUUGAAAAGAAUGGCAUUUGGGCCGUAUAGUUAAUUAACAUUCUCACAUGUCAUUAGCAUCAAGCAUUAAAGGUCAGGAAAUAAGUGAGACGGACUGAUUUCUCUCUCUGUUUCUGUCUUUGUUGCAGCAUUUGUGAAACUUUUUUCAGUGUUUAAUUGUAAUUUUUAUACUAUGAUUACUAAACCCACUAGGGCGAUAUUUUUCAAACAUGUAUCGGGCUUUA